AUGACAACGCUCAUCUCCGCACUCUCGGGCAUAUUCAACCAUCCACAUCCAAGGACAGCCUCAAUUGACGGUUCCUCCUCUCUCACGGAAAAGACAACGAGAAUAAGGACAAAUUCUGACUUUUCCUCCAAGUCAAUUGUCCCACCUGCACAGAAGAAGACUAAACAAGGGCAGACUGAAGGAUUGGAUAAUAGGGCACCCAAUAAUAAUGCACAAUACAUUAAUAAUAUUAUCUCGGAAGUGACACAGAAAUUGGGUUCCAUUGAAGAGGCAAAUGAAAAUAUCGACAUGAUACAACCACACAAUAAAGUAUCGAGAACCUCCUCAAAUGAGAAGAUAACUGGUGGUGGUGGUGCUAACCAGAAAAAGGCCGUUUCUGUAAAAGUACAAAAGAUUAUAGCUAAUAGUACAACGGUUCCAAACGUAUUUGUUAAGAGAGUUCAAUACGGGAAUAAUAGAGGAAGGGAUGCAAAUGGACUGCCCUAUAAGGAUAUAGCAUACAAGACUUUAGAAAUUCAAGGUUCAGGUUCAUUUGGACUCGUGCUGAAAGCCAAAACAUUACAUAAUGGAGAAAUUGUGGCCCUGAAAAAGAUAAUUCAAAAUAAAAAGUUUAAAAAUAGAGAAUUGCACAUGUUGAGAUUAUUAGAUCAUCCAAAUAUAAUAAGUUUGAAAUAUUUCUUUGUGGAACCCAUUGAUAAUGAUGAGAGCUAUUUGAAUUUGAUUUUUGAAUUUGUGCCAUUAUCAUUGUAUCAAAGGAUACGCCAAGUAGCCACGACUACUUCAUCCGUGCAACCUUCUCACAAAUUAGAAUUCAAAUGUUACAUGUGGCAGAUAUUCAAGGCAUUAGAUUAUCUUCAUAAUGAGGUAAACAUAUGUCAUCGAGAUAUCAAACCACAAAAUAUUCUUAUAGAUCCCAUGGAUUGGUCAUUAAAGAUUUGUGAUUUUGGUUCUGCUAAGAGAUUGAACCCUCAUGAUAAGAACGUUUCAUUCAUUUGUUCCAGAUUUUAUAGAGCUCCUGAAUUAAUAUUGGGGGCCAUACAAUAUACAAAUUCUAUUGACCUUUGGUCAACUGGUUGUGUCUUUGCUGAAUUAUUAUUGUUAAAACCUUUCUUUGCAGGGAAGAGUGAUACUGAUCAAAUUGUGGAAAUUAUAAGAAUUUUGGGAACCCCAACUUUGAAAGAUAUAAUCUCCAUGAAUGAAAAUUAUAAAGAUUAUAGAUUUCCUAGAAUUCAUGGAAUUUCAUGGUCCAGGUUAUUCAGUGAUAAAGUGGAAAAAUCAGCAAUAGAUUUACUUGAUAAGAUAUUAAGAUAUGACCCCACUGAAAGAAUUGAUUCUUCAAAAUGCCUAAUUCAUCCUUAUUUUGACGAUUUGAAAUGUUUAUCCAAUAGAAUAUCUAAUGAGGAGAAAUGUAUUGUUGAAAAAUUAAACCUUUUUCCAAUAAUUACUUAG